AUGUCUUCAAGUGAUAUAAAAGUGGCGUACUUAGGGCCAGAAGGUACCUACACUCAUCAGGCAGCUUUACAACAAUUUGGUGAAAAAACUACAUUAUUACCUCAAAAGACAAUAAAUGAUUGUUUCCAAAAAGUUAACGAUGAUGAGGUUGAUUAUAGUGUUGUUCCCUUUGAAAAUUCAACAAACGGACAAGUCAUGUAUACAUAUGAUCUAUUAAGAGACUGGCUGAUACCUGCUAAAAAAGACUCAAAUUCGACAUUCAAAGUUGUUGCAGAGCAAUUUGUUUCAAUUCAUCACUGUGUUUUAACCCAUGCUAAAGACAUUUCGCAAGUUGAUAAAAUUUUGACACAUCCUCAAGCUUGGGGUCAAGUGACAGAUUGGCUAAUAAGUGAAGGUAAACAUUUGGAAAGAAUAGAUAGUAGCUCGACUUCGAGAGCUGCAGAAAUUGCUUCUAAUGAAGGUGUCCAAAGUGCUGCAAUUGCAAGUGAAUAUGCCUCAAAAGUUCAUAAUAUUCCAAUCUUAUACAAAAAUAUUGAAAACAACAAAGAAAACACUACAAGGUUCUUGAUACUGAGUAAAAAAGACACAAAAAUCAUAGAUACAAAAUACAUUACUCUUUUGGCAUUCACUGUGGAGCAUGAUGAUGCUGGUGCGUUAGUUAAAGCCUUGGAUAUUUUAUCAAAACAUGAUAUAAAUAUGACCAGUAUUACAUCAAGACCAUCUCUAAACAAAUUGUGGCAAUAUGUUUUCUUCAUUGAAUUUUGGGGAGAUAGUUAUGAAGAUGAAAACGUUAAAGCAGCUGUUAAAGAAUUCAAUGAAAGAAGCCUAAGUAGUGUUGUGAUAGGAACUUUCCCUAGGAACAAAAGAUAUUACGGAGAACAAAAAGUUUGA